AAAGAUGGAAAUAUCGAUGACCCAGAUAGAUUUUUGUGGCAGAGUUUUGAUUAUCCUUGUGACACAUUCCUACCGGAAAUGAAGCUUGGAAGGAACUUAGUAACUGGUCUAGAUAGGUUCAUGUCAUCUUGGAAGAGCGACGAAGAUCCUGCUCGAGGUGAUUUUUCAGUACGGUUAGAUCUUCGUGGGCUUCCACAAAUGGUUAUUAUGAAGGGGAAUACCAUAAAGGCUAGAACGGGGUCAUGGAACGGUCUGAGUGUUACGGGACGUUCGGGGUUAAAUCCUAAUUCACUCAUAUUAGAAUUUAAAUUCGUGAUGAAUCAGAACGAUGUCUGCUACGAGUUUAAACUCGUAAACAGUUCUAUUUUCUCAAGAUAUGUAAUAACCCCAUCAGGCGUUGCGCAGCGUUUUACAUGGAUGGAUCGAACACGCAGUUGGGAGCUUUUCUCUACAUUCCUGUCAGAUCAGUGUCAAAAUUAUGCCUUCUGUGGCGCAUAUGGUACUUGCGAUGUUAACAACUCUCCCCCAUGUGGAUGCUUGGAGGGAUUCUUACCCAAGUCUCCGAAAGAUCGGAAAUCACUGGAGUGGUCUGAUGGAUGUGUUCGAAGGACUCCAUUGGCAUGCAAUGGAGAUGGCUUCCGUAAGUACACGGGGCUGAAAUUGCCGGACACAUCUUCUUCCUGGUUUGACGAGACCACGAGUCUAUCUGAAUGUAAGGUAUUAUGUUUGAAAAACUGCAAUUGCACAGCAUAUUCAAAUUUAGAUAUUAGGGGAAAAGGAAAAGGCUGCGUCCUUUGGUUCGGCAACCUGAAUGAUAUUGAAGUAUUCUCCCAGCGUGGGCAAGAGCUGUACAUAAGGAUGGCGAGUUCAGAAGGGAAAUCCAGCAAGAUAAAACGAGAAGGAAUCAUAGCCGGCGCUGGAAUAUUAGUCCUUGGAAUUCUAACACUCGCAGUGAUUUCAUACAUACGGAACAAGAAAUUUAUUUUCAAAGGAAUGGCUGAAAGAAGACACAAGAAAGAUUACGCCAAUGAAGGCCUGAACGAAGACAUGGAGUUACCGAUAAUUGAUUUGACAGCCAUAGCUAAUGCCACCGAUAACUUUUCAAGCAAAAACAAGCUGGGAGAAGGUGGAUUUGGACCUGUGUAUAAGGGAACACUGGUAGAGGGGGAACUGAUAGCCGUAAAGAGGCUUUCAAAGAAUUCUGGACAAGGACCUAACGAGUUCAUAAAUGAAGUCAAAUUAAUUGCCAAACUCCAGCACCGCAAUCUUGUAAAGCUUCUAGGGUGCUGCAUGGAAGAAAAUGAGAACAUGUUAAUCUACGAAUACAUGCCUAACAAAAGCUUGGAGUCCUUCAUUUUUGACCAGACAAAGAGUAAAUUGUUAGAUUGGCGCAAGCGCAUGAACAUUAUUGGUGGCAUUGCCAAAGGGCUUCUCUAUCUUCACGAAGACUCUAGACUGAGGAUCAUCCAUAGAGAUCUUAAAGCCAGCAAUGUCCUACUAGAUAUUAACAUGAAUCCGAAAAUUUCGGACUUUGGCCUGGCUAGAUCAUUUGGGGGAGAUCAAAUUGAGGCCAAGACCCAUAGAAUUGUUGGAACAUAUGGCUAUAUGUCUCCCGAGUAUGCAGUGCAUGGGAAGUAUUCUGUGAAAUCUGAUGUCUUUAGCUUUGGAGUUUUAGUAUUGGAGAUAGUGAGUGGGAAGAAGAACAGGGGAUUCUGCCAUCCAGACCACCAUCUUAAUCUUCUUGGACAUGUAUGGAGACUAUGGAUUGAAGAUAGGGCGAUCGAAUUAAUCAAUGAAUUAGUAGGUGAUGCAAACACUCGAUCCGAAGUAUUAAGACUGAUUCAAGUGGGUCUGUUAUGUGUGCAACAAAGACCUGAAGAUAGACCAAGCAUGUCGUCUGUGGUUCUAAUGUUAAACAGUGAAAGUUUAUUGCCUAUCCCAAGGCAGCCGGGUUUCUAUACAGAUUCAUCGGAAAGGGAUUCUUCGUCUGGCAAAAAUCCAACUUAUUCAGCAAAUGGAAUCAGCAUUUCAACGUUUGAAGCACGAUAGAUGGUAUCACUUGGAGCAAAAGGGGAGAGGUUUCUUCUCAAGUUUGUGCUUUCUGAAAGUUAAUAUAUCAGCGUAGAAAAAAAUGGUUUGCAACCCGCUUUUGUUCGGGAAAGAACAAAAAGAGAUACAUUGAUCUGUAGAUUUUUCUUUAGAGAGAGAACUCUAUCUCGUGUUUUGAACUGUAUGAUCUUCUUUGACGAUUUAUAGAAUCAUCUACUUCUUAAUGUUGCA